AUGACCAUCAAGGACCCGACCAUUACGAAGAGCGAGUUCGUCAAGGUCCAGGCGAUGACGACCGCCGACUUCAAGGCGAGCAACGCGGCCGACGAUCGCGACUCGCCUCAAGCUGGGCCGCACGCGAAGCAAGAAGGAAAGCGUCCAGAAGAUUAUACAAUCCGUACCGGCACGAAGAGCGCUCCGCCAUUCCUGCCCGAGAUCGACGCCGGCAGCGUCGUGGAGGCGGACGCCAUUUCGUCGCAAAAGCCGCGUCGUCGGAGGAGAGCCAAAGAGCUCGGUGACAAGGGAAGCCUCUUUUGA